GAUGUUGGCAACUGGAUCACUCCCAGCUCCAGGGUUUGUGUACAGCAACAACCACUCUCAGCUGAUCCUGGUUUUCUUCAACUACUGUAGGUUGUCAUAUAAUGGAGAAACCACUAGAAAAAUGUUUGGACGAACUAUCGCACAGUGCAGGUGUUUCUGGGGUACUGUGUGCUGACAGUCAAGGUCUUUGUCUUGGAGUUCGGGGAAAAGCCUCCUCUACAUCAUCUGGCAUGAUAUCAGCUCUAGCAGACCGAGCAGCCAUGUUGGAGCCUGGCAGCCCACCGCCAGUCAUACUGCUGGAAACUGACAAUAGCCAAUGCCUCAUCCACCGCAACAGUGGAGUUACCCUUGCGGUCUACAAAUCUCCUGAAACCUCCUGAAACUAGUAUAUGCACAUGAUAGUUAGUGCUAUAGUUAUAUUAAGUUCUAUAUAUCUCUUAAUAAGAUAUAAUGUCUAUAUAGAAAGAAAUAUGUCUUGAAUAAAGUAUUAACCACUGUAAUAUU